AUGACAUCUCUUCCACUUUUCCUAGUUUUUCUAACUUCAACAAUCUUGUGCUCUGUACCAUUAACCGAAGAGCAGCGAAAAAUUGCGCACGAAUUCGCCAAAAUCUUCCUCGAAGACAAUCUUCCAAUGUAUAUCCGUGAAAAGUUGCGCGAAAAAUUGAUAAAUUCAAUUUUCGAUCCACCAUUAAUCUAUAAAUUCAAGUUCAAAGAUUGUGAAGGAAAAGAAUAUGGUGCUGAAAGUUUUGUGGAUAAUUUUUUGUUGGCUGGAAAAUUGGGAGGGAAUUUGAGAGUUGAUGAGAAGGGAGAAGAUGGGAUUUAUAAACGACCCGGUUUGGAAACUACAAUUUAUUUGACACAUUUUCAUACCGAUUUGGAUACUUAUUCGAUUUCCUUGACUUUUUCGAAUUCCAAUCCGGAUUUACAAUUUUAUUCAAUUAUUGCUAAAUGUUAUACUAAAUAUUGUAAUUGA